ACCGAAGAUUAAGUUACAUGCCGGUCGUUGAGUUACUUGUUCAGUUGAGGAAUAUGGCAAACUGUCGAUGCUAGCUGUAGUGUUUUAGGUGUAUAUAUAAUUUUCUGUAUAAAUAUCUGUGAAAAUGGGACCCAUUUUAUAUUUAUUUAUUUUAGGACUAGCAACUUGUAAAGUAUCAUAUGCAAGUGUAUUAGAAAGGACAGCAGCUAAUAUAUUAAAUGGCUAUAUUAAAGAAGUGAGACCACACAAUGCUGAUGGACCCGUUAUAAUUAAAGUCGGUCUAACAGUUACACAGCUUCUUCAUGUGAACGAGAAAAGUCAAACGCUGAGACUAGACGGUCGUCUGUUGAUGAACUGGCAUGAUUCGAGAUUGAUGUGGGAUUCCACUCAAUACAAUGGUACCAGAUCCCUGAGACUUCCUGCCGAGAGUCUCUGGCAGCCUGAUAUUACUCUUUACAACAGUGGAGGCAACAUGGAGCUAGACAAUUUACGAUUAACCAUUUUCUCUAAUGGUAUGGUGUCUUACUCUCCUAAACUUAUUGUUGAAAGCCCUUGUACUGUAGAUCAGUGGGGUUCCUUUAUGGUCUGCCAUUUUAAAAUGGGAUCAUGGGCCUAUGAUGGAUAUAGUCUUGACAUAAGAGACUACUAUGGUAAGGGGGUGGUCAGUCUAGACGAUUAUACGGACAGCACUGACUGGAAUAUAGUCAAUACGACCAUUAGACGUAACGAAAAGUUUUACCAGUGUUGUAGUGAACCGUAUCCAGAUUUGACCUUCACCGUGACAUUGAGGAGGCGAGAAUGCAGUGAUUGUUUGAUAGAUUUGGACGUUCUACCCAUCGUCCUUGUCGCCAUUUUGGUUCCAAUCCAAUUCCUUAUUCCAGUAGCCACCCGAGAAAGAGCCACAUUCACUGGUUUAUUGUUUGUUGCUGGUAUUUUGGUUCAUCUGAGUCUUCAACAGAGUAUGGCCAUCGCUCAACGAGUCUGGCAAACUGAUAUUAAGACUUACUACAACUCUACCUUGGUUCUUAUAGUGAUAUCUGUCAUAGUGUCGUUGUUCAACAUACAACUCUGUAGUACUGAUAGAAAGAGAAGCAAAAUACCAGCUAUUGUAAAGAAGAUUUUCUUGAGUGGUUUGAACUAUCUGGUAUUGGUAAGAUCUCCCUGGACUUCUCAACUCCCAGAAACCCUGGAUGUCAAAGUUAUUCCAGGUGACGAAUUAGCUACGGAAAAUGCCUCCCGUCUUGAACGACAGGUGGAACAUCUCAUCCGGCUCGUCCAAUCACUUGUCUCGUCUGACAAUGGACGCCAAAGAGAUCGUGACGUUGGAGCACGCGAGGAAUGGCGCGCGUUGUCAUUGGUGAUUGACCGUCUGAGUGCCAUCAUUUUCUUCAUAAUCUUUGUUCUUUACACCGCCGAUUUAAUGGGAUAAAUGUAAAACUAAUUAGGACGGGAUUGUACAAAAAAUGAAGAUGGUUUCGCAACGAAUAGUUCUGUAAAUGUGAGUCACGAUUAUAUUUGGUUACGAUUAUAUUUGGUUUGAAGAUAUCUCAAGGCAAGAAAAGUCCAAUCUGUUUGAGAAACAAAUUAAUUUUAGGUUAAGUGAAGAAACGUAUUUCCGUAACAAGUCACAAAUUUGGGGAAUAUAGUCACUUUCUUCAAUUGAUGUAUUUCGAAUUAUAUCUAGAAUAAUAAAUUAAUAUUGAUCAUAUUAAUAUUUAUGUUUAAUCGCAUUACUGUCCAUAACAUUGUUUACAACAGAGGUCUUUCGUGGUUUAAAUAUUGUUGUGAAAAAAAAAUAUAUUAGAUUUGAAAUGAGAAUAGUUUCAUUUGAAUGAAUUUAUAUUUUGGAUAUUUAUAGACUCGGGUCUUUAAAACAGUAGAAUCAAGAUUACAGUUUCGUUUCAUUAAUGUUUUCUGAUUUUUGACUUAAUAAAAUAAAACGAAACGAAAUUUAUACCAUACUAAGAUCCAACUGUUAUAUCGUAUACGAAUUGAUGUAUAUUCUUUUGUGAUAAUAAUCACUCUGUUCUUUCGUAGCAUAGUAUCUGUAUAACCUUAUGUAAUUAUUUUGUAUCGCUGUUACGUACAUAUACAAACUUCUUAUAAGUUAUAUAUAUUUUGUGCUUGUUAAUAUCACUGGAACAAAUUCAAUGCGUUAUGCAAUGAAUACUAUAAAAAAGCACAAUAUUUAAAAUGGAAACGUUCCACAAUAACUCGAUAUUCCAGUUUAUCCAGAUGAACUGGGAACCCCGAAACUUUCAUGGUUACAGAGAAAAAUAAUAUAUGUGUUAUUUUAUUGUGUUUCAAUAUUUAUUAAUCUAAAAUAUUAGAAUUGUACUAUUUUUGUAAACACUAUAGUUAAUAGAUACAAUGACAUCGAAAAAUAAUAUGUGUGUUAUUUUAUUGUGUUUCAAUAUUUAUUAAUCUAGAAUAUUAGAAUUUUACUAUUUUCGUAAAAACUGUAGUUAAUAGAUACAAUAAAAUUGAAAAAUUACUCUUAUUGAUGAUGUACUUUGAACUGUAGUUGGUGCUUGCAUUAACCAUGAACACGGUCUAUGCAUGAAAAAACUUCUGAUGUCCAAAUUUUAAAAUCCAUUGUUAAAUGUAUAUUAAAUCUUUGUCUUUCAUCUAGGUAUUUUAUAUUUUAUUAUUGCUUAACUUCCAUAAUUUAUUUAUCAAAUUAAAUGUGCCAUUAUAUAGUUUAUAUCCUAAUUAUAUUUAAUUAAUAUUAUGAAAUAAGUAUUAUUUAAACCAAUAUAAAUUGUGUGUGCGUGUAUAUAUAUAUGUCUUAUGUUAGAAAGAUCUACACUGUGACCAAUAAUAUCUGUUUAUUUUACAAUAGAGGUACUAAUCUAAUAAAGUCUUAAGGGUAAAAUCUAAAAAUAGAAACGUAUAAUAAAAAUAACUUCGAUAAAAGUUGGUGUGCAAACUGUGCAUUUAGAAUCUACUGGAAUACCCAGAGUUACUGGUAAGAUUCGCACAGUUAUAUUUCCACGAUACUUCACAUUAUGAAGUAUCGUGGAAAUGUUCUCAUUGGAACACAUUGAUUACACACAGUAGAACUUAUCGGAAGCGUAUGGAAGUGUAUCCAGGUUAUAUUCCCACAAGAAUACGUAGAUUACAAUUCAUAUGAUCUAUCGUAUGUACAUGACUUUGCCCUUUAUUAAUUCUCCUCGGAACUAUUGUUGUUGAGACAAACUUAAUGAUGGGCCAGAAACGUCAAUGUACUUAUGUCCGUCUGUUGUAAAAUAAUGGAUAUAUUUCACAGUGUAUUGUAAUAUUAUAAUAGUAUGCUCAAACUAGAAAGGAAUGUUUUUUUAACCGCUCAUUAUGUUUCUUGUUGUAAUUAACUUCUUCAAUGGUCGAUUCUAAAUCCUAUCCUAGUCAGCAGAUAAUAAUGUAUACAGAGUUAAGGCUUGUGGGUCAUUCAAACGUAUCCUGGUCAGCUGAUUUGAUAGGAAAGAGAGGCAUAUUAAUACAGUCCCUUGUGUACUUAACAAAUUUUUGUUUUGUGUGUUUUGUGUAUGAUGAGCUGCAUAUAAAUUACGUAAAAUGUAUAAUGACAAAAGAAAUAAAAAUAUUAAUACAUGUCAAA